AUGAAAACUCCUCCAAUCGCUUCUUCGCCAGAAAAUGCUUCAGUGCUGCGCUCAGACUUCUUUUGGGGCUUUGCAACAGCUGCAGCUCAAGUCGAAGGUGCUUGGGAUGCCGACGGGAAGGGCGACUCGAUAUGGGACAAGUUUUCGCGUAUCCCUGGCAGGGUCAUAGACGGAAGCACCAAUGCUGAUGCGACUUGUGCUUACGACCUGUAUAAAGACGACGUCCAGCUCCUGAAGAAGCUAGGUGUCAAUUCUUACCGUUUCAGUCUUGCGUGGAGUCGCAUUAUACCUCUGGGCGGCAAAGAUGAUCCGAUCAAUGAAGCUGGUCUCCAAUACUACAGCAACCUUGUCGACGAGCUAAUAGCUAACAACAUCACUCCCUUUGUCACUUUGUUCCAUUGGGACACCCCACAAGCGCUGGAAGACAGAUACGGCGGUAUGCUCGAUCAAGCCCGGUACACUCCAGACUUUGAACGUUAUGCUCGUGUCUGCUUCGCUGCUCUGGGCGAUCGCGUCAAGCACUGGAUCACCUACAACGAGCCAGGAGUUUACACGCUUGCUGGAUAUGCUGCGGGAGUUCACGCACCUGGUCGCUCUUCCCUUCCUGAGCGCGAUGAUCCUGGAGACAGCAGUACCGAGCCUUUCAUCGUCGCCCAUACCGAGCUAGUCAGUCACGCUCGUGCUGUCAAAAUUUAUCGCAAGGAGUUCAAGCCAACACAGAAAGGCGUUAUUGGUAUUACUCUCCACGGCAACUACAGCGCGCCUUGGGACGAGAAUGAUCCGAAAGACGUCGAGGCUGCUGACCGAGCUCAACAAUUCGAGAUUGCCUGCUUCGCUGAUCCGAUCUACGGUUCUGGUGAUUAUCCACCAUGUAUGAGAGACCAGCUCGGCGACCGUCUACCGCAUUUCACGCCUGAAGAGAAAGCACUUGUCAAAGGUUCUUCCGACUUCUACGGCAUGAAUAGCUACACCACAUUUUACGUUCGUCACCGCGACGAACCUGCUGACAUAAACGACCACAAGGGCAACAUUACUUUCCACGAUACCAACAAAGCUGGUGUGUCUCGCGGUGCAGAAAGCGAUACUCCUUGGCUUCGGAGCAAUCCUGCCGGCUUCCUCGCUUUGCUCCACUGGAUCUGGGAUCGCUAUCGAACUCCUAUCUACAUCACCGAAAACGGCACGACUGCUAAAGGUGAACAUGACUGGGAUCCUACAUCAGGCUUCUGGCUAGACGACACAUUCCGUCAAGACUUUUUCGAAGGCUAUGUGGGCGCUGUAGCAGAUGCAGUGAGAAGUGGUGUGGACAUAAGAAGUUACUUUGCCUGGACAUUCACAGACAACUGGGAGUGGGCUGCUGGCUACACUGAUCGUUUCGGUGGUUCUUGGGUUGACUUCGAGAGUAAAGAGAAGACUAGAUAUCCCAAGAAGUCGGCUUUUGAGCUGGGAAGGAUUUUCGAACAUUUGAUCAAGAAGAAUUAA